AUGGAGGCACGGCUGGCUCUUCUUCCGUCGCCUCAUCUCCUUCUCCGUCCCCUAGCGCGCUGCUUGGUCAGGAGUAGCGGAGUUGUCGUGCCGUCCCGCCACCGCUCUCGCAACAUCUUUUCUCGGCCGGCGUCUCCCCUCCCUUCCUCGAAGUCUGCGACGCCAGCCUCGCUCCAGCAUCGUUCCUUUGAGUGCCGGCCGUCUGAGCCCCUCUGGUAUCUCUCGCGUUCGGCGGCAAGUCCCGCCGACGCUGUCUCCGCGCUGCCCUCCCCCUCUGCCCCCCUGUCGGCGUCGCCUCUCUCGCAGGUUGUCUCUGCUCCCGCGUCGUUCUCCGCGAUGUCGCGGUGCAUGCAGUUCGGCGUCAGACUCGUUUCGUCUUCGAAAACCGCGGCGGCCGAGCCGGCUCAGGGCGAGAGGCGAGCCGAGGCGGAGUCUGCGUUGCCGAGGGACAGCGACGCGCAGGCGGCGGCAGACGCGCGCGCCGCUGGGCAGGGGCAGGAGGAGACGGCCGCAGCAGGCGCCGACCGGAAAGACGCGGCGAGCGCCCCGAGAGGCGAAGCCGCGUCGUCGUCCUCCCCAUCUGCAGCGACUCACGAGCUGCCCACGUCGGAAUCAGCUGUCUCUGGCGCGUCGGCUGCAGCGCCACGGGCCUCCUCGACGGUUGAGGCCUCCGCUGCGGCCCUGGACGCGGCCGGCGCCUCCCCCGCCUCAGCGCCUACGGCGGGCGCGAAGGCCGAGGAAGCGACGCAAGAGAAAAAGUGGAAGUUCCGACACUUCGUCUUCGGCGGUCUGUGCCUGGGCCUUGUAGGGAGCUUCACCUAUCUCCUGGUCGAGAAUGAUUUCAAUGUCGCAAAGACUGAGUGGGUGAUUGGAGAGAAGAUUCGUGCGGCGGUCUUCGCGACGGCCCGCGGCGACCCACGGCAGGACGCCAUCGACCACAGCCGAUUCUGCGUUGGACUGAGUGACGAACUACGGAGAGAACUUGCGAUCUUCUUCCUCCAGCUUGACCUCGAUAAGCCCAACGGCGUGCGACGCAGUGACGUCAUAGAGCUCAUCGGAAAGCUUGGUUUCUCGGCGUCGAGUGGAGUCUGCAAAAUUUUCCUUGAAGCAGGAAAAGGACGCACCGCGGAUGUGAAACGGGUGGCCGGUGUCACGCUACAAGAGUUUGCAGAACUGAUCGAAGGUCUCAUUCUCGAAGAGGAACUCGACGAGACGAAGGGUUCUACUGAGCAACUCAACAACGCAGGCAACAUCAAAUCCCCGGUCUCUGGCUCAGCACCGUUACCAGCGUCGGAAGGAGAGCCGGAAAGCGACAAACAAACGACACAGAACCAUGCCAAUGAGCCCAGGGAGAAGGCGGCAUACCGUGUACUCAAGUAUUUUCGAGACAUCAAUAAAACAACGACAGUACCGAGUACGAUUCCGUCAUGCUAUGCGGAGCUUGCAGAUGUGCCUACCGGCCCGCCGAAACGCUCUCAUGACGAGGCCAGCUCCGGAGCUGCUGCAGUGAACGCUCCCCAGCAAGGCGUUUCGCAGCCCCCCUCGGGCGCGGGGACGAUUGUGACGGUUAGAGCAGACGUCCAGGACAGUAACACGGCCGCGGACACUGCGGAUGAACUACAGAGCUUUAGACUGCAGAUGGGUCGUGCAGAAAGGGUGGUCAGGGACCUCAGCGCCCUGAAGGCACGACGUGGGCUUUCCGAGGCGGAGAACACACGUUUAGAAGAUGCUAAAUCUGAAGUCAAGAUGUUGCAGCAGGAGAUCUGGAGAAGAGAGGCAACCGCGGCUCGCAAAUGA